AUGUUCCUUAAUGACAAAGCAUAUCCGCAUUCAUAUUUUGAAGCAACACAAGAUAAGUCAUACAAAAAUUACUUACUUGAAUCAACUAUCACUGGAAGUCGAGGAAAGACAGGGCCAAUUUAUCAUUUCUAUCGUGAAAAUAUUGUUCGAAAUGUAAAUAUUUCUAAUUCAAUAGCAUCAUGGUCAAAUUCAGUCUACCUUAUUUCAGGAAAUUCAGAUUUAAAUGCAACUGUUUCAUACUCAACAUUUAUUAAAAACACUGCUAGUUUUGGGAGAUGUUUACAUCAUUCUGAACAUGGAAUUCAAGAGAAUCAUUGCAACAUCAUUUCAAAUGAAUGCUCAAUAUAUGGGGUUAUUUCUGCAUAUCUAUAUGCUACAGUUUUUUUUAGAAAUUGUAUUAUAUCAAACAACAAAGGAUAUUCACUAUUUUUUGCAAGUAAUAGUGCUUCAAUUACAGUAUCUUCUUGUUUCAUUUCAUCGAAUAAAUAUGUUAAUUUCUGCGCUUCAUCAGGAACUGGUGCGAGUUUUGAUAUUUCAACAAUAAUUUCACUUAAUAUUGCAAAUUUACAUAUAUCUACAGCACUUUGUUAUGCAGAUUAUGCAUAUUAUUAUUUGACAAAAAUUACAACAGGAAAAAGUAAUUUCAUAAUAAGAGAAGAUACAACAAUCAGCGGAACAGUUUCAUUUGAUCGAAUAAAAGAAGAAUCUUUUACACUUGAAAUUUGGAUAGAUAGUUAUUCAUCAAAGAAACUUAAUCGAGAAAGUGGAUCCUCAAUAUAUCAAUAUUCAAUCAGCAUCCCAAGUGAGUUAACAAAAGGAAAUCACAAAAUUUAUUGCAAAUUUUCAGAUUCAUACACAUUUAGAUCAAAUACAGUUUCAGUUGAAUUUAAAUAUUUAUAUCCAUUUUCUCUUGAAUUAUCAAAUCUUGAAAAAAGUGAAUACAACAAAACUAUUGACAAACGUAUCAAAUUAAGUGGAAGCGGUGUUUAUUCAGAAGGUUUUUCUAUUAUAUGUCGUAUUGGCGAAAUCAAUAGUACGUUCGAAGGAAAUCCAAUUAAAAAUACAGAAACACAUAGAUUUACAUUUUCAGGUUUUUGUUUGAUUCCUGAUUAUAUAUCUAAAGAAAAUGAAUAUUUGGUUACCGUUUGGGGGAUAACAACUAAUAAUAGAGAAUGUACAGUAGGAAAAUCUCAAAAAUUCCGAUUCUAUAGAAACUAUCCAGCUCUUGAAGUUACUCCACUCACAACACGUCGAUUUGUUCGCAAUCUUGACUCUAUAAUUUCAGUUUCAGGAUAUGUUUCAGAUCAAGAUGGUGAUGAUGAAGUUAAAAUCAAUGGAUUUAUUGAGGGAUAUCCAAAUAGCCAAACGCCACAAUCAAUUUCAUCAAUUCCUAUUUCAGAUUUAGAAAAGCAUAAAUUCAACAUCCAUAUUUCUAUUCCAAACAAUCUUUCACAAGGUGUUGACAAGGUAAAUGUGUUUUCAAUAAUCAGUCAUUUUAUUAUAAAAUCAACGCUCCAGUACUUAAUAUUAUCGGAAAACCAUCAUUUCCCUUGA